AUGGGGACUCUGCAAAAUAGGAUAAAUGAGCUUGUGUCUCUCUACACCAAGAGUUCACCACUUUUUGAUGAUAAUUCUGUCAGUGUUGAAUACUUGUUGGAUACUGUCGUUUGUCUGUCUUAUGAAUGCAGACUUCCUCAACACAAAAACGAAAGGAACUGCAUAAAAUUUUACAACUCUGUCAGAAAAUAUGUUGAGAAAAUUGAAAAAUGCUGGAUUUCGAAGUCGGAAUUUGAGACCAUUCGUCUCAUUGGGUCAGGAGCGUUUGGCGAUGUUUCAGUUGUUAGGUGGAAAGAUGACGGGAAAAUUUACGCUCUAAAAUCUCUUCAUAAAUAUGAUAUGCUAAAACGUUCAGAUAGAGCAUGCUUCCAGGAGGAACGAGAUGUUAUGGUGAAGGCAAUGGUCAGUAAUUCUCCAUGGAUAGCCAAACUGCAUCACACUUUUCAGGAUGAAAAGUUCCUGUAUUUUCUUAUGGAUUUCUAUAAUGGUGGUGAUAUGCUGACUAUGCUUAGCAAGUUCGAUGACAAGAUUCCAGAAAGUAUUGCUCAGUUUUAUGUCGCUGAGAUGGUUUUGGCUAUCAACGCUCUUCAUCAGCUUGGUUAUGUUCACAGAGAUAUAAAACCAGACAACGUCCUUUUGCAAAGUUCAGGUCAUAUUGUUCUUGCUGACUUCGGUUCUUGUUUAAAACUCGGGGAGAACGGAUUAGUGAAGAACAAUACAGCUGUUGGGACACCAGACUAUAUAUCACCUGAAAUUUUACGUGCUUCUGAGGAUGGUCAUGGAACUUACGGUGUUGAGUGUGAUUACUGGUCUCUCGGAGUCGUGAUGUAUGAAAUGCUGUUCGGUGAAACACCUUUCUACAGUGAGAAUUUAAUCGAAACAUACGGCCAUAUUAUGAAUUUUGAGAAACAUUUUUCGAUUCCGGUUGACUGUACUGAUGUCUCUGAAUCAGCAUGCGAUCUAAUGAGGCACUUAAUAUGUGACCGGAAACGAAGAUUUGGUCGGAAUGGGAUUGAUGAACUGAAGGAUCAUGCCUUUUUUAAAGGUAUAGACUGGGAACAUAUACGAGAACAAAAUCCUCCGUACAUUCCUGAGGUUACCAGUCCGGAUGAUACUUCCAACUUUGACAUUGAUCAGUCUUCUCGUAAUCACGAAGGACCACCUCUUGGACCGAUUUUUCGUGGUUGCCAAGUUGCAUGUAUUGGAUUCACAUUUACUAACAACUCUCCUUUGAAUGAACUGGGUCCUGCACAUUUUAAAAUGACAUUGAAAAACGAGAAUAAAUGCUCUGAUAAAAGUUCAUACCUUGCUGAAACACCAAAAUCACAAGCCCUAUGCGAUACUGGUUCAUCUACCAAUCUAUAG